AUGGAGCCAGAAAUGGGUGCUUUGGCCUUGAAAGAUGCUAAUGGCAGGAAAGAAGAGGGUACUAUCUGCAAGACUUCACAAGACGCCUUCGAAGUACAGAGAAGAGAUGAAGAGGCCGUUCAAGGCUUGGAUACAUCCAGUCCACCCGGCCCUUCAAGGGCGCGACUGAUAGCGCUGGUAUUAACGUGUACCGGCGCGGCGUUCAUGAACACACUCGGCGUCCAAGCGGCCGUUAUUGUCCUCCCUACGAUUGGCACUGCCCUCGACAUACCAGACAGCCGACAGCAGUGGAUAGUGUCUGCCUACUCGCUUACCUUCGGUUGCUUCCUCCUAUUGUGGGGCCGGUUGGCGGACGUAUACGGCAAACGCCUGAUAUUCAUAUGGGGUUCGGCCUGGGUCACGGCGACUACUAUUGCGCUCCCAUUCAUACCGAAUGAGAUAGGGUUCGACAUCUUCAGAGGGCUUCAAGGCUUGGGCGCAGCGGCCAAUGUUCCCACAGCCAUUGGGAUCUUGGGAACAACAUUUCCUCCUGGGCAAGCAAAAAACUAUGCCUUCGCAUGCUACGGUGCGGGGGCUCCCCUAGGAUCUAUCUUUGGCAACCUGCUUGGAGGUGUUGUUGCCCAGUGGGUUAACUGGCAGUGGAUAUUCUGGAUUCUGGGAAUUCUUGCUGGCAUCAUCACGAUUGCAGGCUAUGUUAUCAUUCCGCUGCCUCCUGUUAGUAGCACUGUUGGGACGAAAGCCUCCAUCGACUGGAUUGGCGGCACGCUCAUCACUCUCGGUCUACUUGCACUCCUGUUCGCAUUAACUGAGGGCAACGUUGUGGGCUGGAGCACACCCUGGAUCUCUGUAUUGAUCGUGCUUUCAAUCGCCUUGGUGGCUGUCUUCGUGGCCUGGCAGUGGUACUUAGAGACGAAGACUACUCGAAGACCGCUCAUGAAGGUAUCGAUUUGGAAGAACGUGCGCUUUUCAGCUGCUAUGCUCAUCAUGGCCUUGUUCUUCGCUGCGUUCAACAACUAUUUGAUCUUUGCAACUUAUUUCUACCAACAAUACCUGGGCCUAAGCGUCAUACAGACCACACUCCGAUUUAUCCCAACCGGUGUCAUGGGCAUCAUGGUCGCUUUCAUUACUGCACAACUCCUCUCCCGCGUCCGCGGCAGCUUCAUCCUCAUGUUCGGCACCCUCAGCGUCGGCAUCGCCUGUCUGCUUUUCGCUGUUCCAAUUCAUCCCAACACCACCUACUGGGCGUAUGGCUUUCCUGCCAUGUGUCUUGCUGUAUUCGGCGCGGACACCGUGUACCCGUCAUUGACUCUCUUCACGGCGCACUCGCUUCCCCAAGAAGAUCAGGCGCUGGGCGGUGCGUUGAUCAACGCUGUCGGUCAGGUCGGCCGCGCGAUCGGUCUUGCGAUCUCGACGGCAGCGGAGCUGGCUGUUGUUGCGCAGCGGAAAGGCGAGAGUAUUGAGGUUGUGGGUAACUCUCACAUCGCCCCUCGAGAUGUCGCUCUGCUGGACGGCUUGAGGGUUGCUGAGUGGGUCAACUUUGGAUUGGCUAUUGCCGCAUUCGCGAUUGUCUUGUAUGCGUUUAGAGGUUCAGAAAAACUGGGCCAGAAGGGGUAA